UUACCAACGAACAGCCGCCGCAAAUCCUCCCUCAGAUCCCAAUACCCCACCAUCCUGCGAUCUUCCCGACAUCUAACGCUCCAGAUCUUUUCUACUUACCCGUACAUAAUAAGCACCUCGAUUUGGACCCUGCCGUGACUCUUCCCAGCGCCACUCAGACCACCCGGCUAGAAUCAAUCCCUUGACCGCGAGCUCUCAAACCUCACCGGCCACCCAGCAGCCCUGCACGCUCGCAGCUUGGGGCGCUCUUAUCUGUUGCCCGAAAAGCGUUCCCUCCGCGCGGAAUGGAUAAUUUAUGGACUCGCCGUUCGAACUCCGGCAAACUCUCCCUCUCAACGGGGACAGCAGCCACGACGAACGGUGCUGCUCCUGCCAAUGACCAUCCCACGAGAGGCUAUACACUGGGCAGGAGACAUGGCGACAGCUCGUCGCACGGCACUAAAACCCCUUUCAAUCUUGUAUCCCCUUCGACAUCCUCCAUCUCCUCGCCCUCCGCCGCCGCAUCGAGUGCAUUCGGUCUGGGAUCAGGCGCUUUUGCUUCCUUUGGCUCCUCGAAGACACCCAAGACACCCGGAGGCGCUCUGGACUUCGGAAGUAUAGUCGGGAUGUCUUCUUCGAAGACCCCGAACGCUGAGAAGCAAAACAAAGACCUGGCCUCCAAACCGUCCAAGUCCUCUCUGGCAGGCUCUAAGAGCUCCACACCUCCCCCAGUACAUGCCUUACGGUACAGCUGGGUAUUUUGGUUCCGCCCGCCGAUCUCGAAAUCCAACGGCUUUGUGGAGUAUGAAAAAACCCUGCACCAGAUUGCCUGUGUCGAUAAUGUGGAGGACUUCUUUUCUGUAUAUACACAUCUGAAGCGCCCUUCGACGUUACCACUAGUGUCCGACUACCACCUUUUCAAAAAGGGCAUCCGUCCAAUCUGGGAGGAUGACGACAAUAAGAAGGGCGGCAAGUGGAUCGUGCGAUUGAAGAAGGGCGUAUUAGAUCGGUACUGGGAGGAACUGGUCUUUGCGGUCAUAGGAGAUCAAUUCGCAGAGGCUAGUGAGGACGUCUGUGGGAUUGUUCUCAGUGUGCGUAAUGGGGAGGAUAUUUUGAGCAUCUGGACCCGCAACGAUGGCGGAAGGGUUCUCAAGAUCAGGGAGACGAUGAAACGCAUCCUGGCCUUCCCGCCGGACACAAAGGUUGAAUGGAAGAGUCACGACGACAGCAUUCAGCAACGCACGACCAUCGACGACGCUCGGAAGGAGAAGUCUGGCCAACACAAUAAUCACCCUUCAGGGAAUUCUCGCAACGGCAGCAAGGAGGACCACUCCUCUCUCUCCGACAAGAAGCAGGCUUCAUGAAACCAAACCUCUUGCUACGGCUAAAGCAAUUCUCGUCCACGCGACGUCAUUCUUGUACAAGUAUUGGGCUGCAUUCAUUGGUAAAAGCGACAUGGUAUUGGCUACUAUUGUGAGCCUCUUCUCUUCUGGUCUAGCAACGGCGGGUUUUUGCACUGUACCAUAGGUUGAAGAGCUUCUAUUGUGGGUCUGCGCUAUUCUUUACAUAGCAGCAUGUAUAGCAGUCCCGUUAUCCUUUCCCAGAGCUAUUGAUAUCGCAGGUUAAAACAAUGAAUAGCUAUUCAUGUAGUACUAGAAUAGGUACAAAACGCGCCAGAGUACUAGAAGUGAUGAUCAUUGGCUG